GGUUCUCACUGGGCUCAGCGCUCAGUACUAAUAUAAGCCGAGUUAGGGGUUGCUGGCGCAAUUGGAAAUUUACGCUCUCAUCAGUUAACUGCCUUGUCGUGAAAAUGAACCACGAAAUAAAACCUAAAUCAGCACUCUCGUUUCUUGCGGACGAACUUUGGGUUUACGUUCUAGGUUUCCUUUCCUGCAGAGACAUUCUUCGUUGCACAUCCGUAUGUAAGGGUCUUCACCAGAUAUACAUGUCCUGUUCAGAGCUCCAGUACAUCGUCGAACUCAGCGGCCAAUGUUUGCUCCCCGGCAUCUCCAGCACGGACGACCGUACCCCUAUUUCUAAGCGCUUACAACGCUUGAGGGAUAAAGCUCACGCAUGGCUCAAGUUUGAUGCCUAUGCUUUCCAAAUAGUUAUCCCAUCAGUCUCGGUUGCUGCAAUGCAAACAUACGUCACCGGUGGUGAACAUUUCUACUUGUGGAACUACUAUGACAACUUGGUCACCAUCAGCUCAAUACUCUCACAACGAACAAUCGAACACCACUGGUCACCCAGAACGUUGUGUCCAUUUCCUAUGGCGGAGAGGCGGGAUGUAUUGAUGGACCCGGCACAAAAUCUGUUCGCUAUCACGUAUGGUGUUGACAGGAUGACCUACAUUUACCUAGCAACUCUGGAUGAUGGUUGCGUCCACCCUCACGCUGCCGGACCAGCACUAGUUCUGGAGUCUCCCGUACAUGAGUGGCAAGUGAAGCUCCAGUGUUAUGGGAGGCAUAUUGGUUUAUCGCGUCGAUUUUGCACUCGUGGAGUUGGGACGCCUUCCCUUAUGUGGCAGCUGCAAAUUUGGGACUGGCAGCACUCGACAACAUUAAGCACUGUCCUCAGCAGCAGCAUACAAACUACAUUUCGCACCCCCACUAGUUUUUGUUUUCUUGGAAACGACAGGUUGCUCGUUGUCGCCGAUAAUUUGAAGCUAUAUUCGAUCAAGGAUAUGUCCGAGACGCCACGAUUGCUGGCAUGUUUCCUGUUGCCUUUCCCGUUGGUGGACACAGAACACUACCUUCCGCCUAUGCACGGCUCACAGCUGCGGACGCAAGCUCAGUCGGUGUACACCUCAGACCCUGAACAUAGACUGCUAUGCCUUACCUCAUCGAUUGAUAAACCAAUGAUCUGCCUCAUCUCCACGAAGGUUUUCUUUGACAUUGACGAAGCGACGGCAAUAACGCUGAUACCAUGGAAUCAUUGGGGCCCUAGACAUGUUCGUAUUUUUGAGCAGAAAGUGGCAGACGUGUCAACGAUUACUCAUGUCAGUGGGAAUCGAGUUUUGUUGGCGGACAAGAUGAUGUCAGAGAGAUACGUCGAAUAUUAUAAGUUGCGUAUGCUGGACUUUAGCCCGCUGGCCGUGACGAAUAGGCGGGGUCUAGGACGAGUAGUGAAAGAGCGAUCUACUGUGACGGUAGCGGUCCAACGUGGUUCCUGGGACGAUAAAUCAAUGUACUAUCACCACUCGACGGUUGAAACGGCUCUGCCUUACGUUGAGGUAGUGGAUUGGAAGAUUAGUGGGCCGUUGCAGGAUGUUUGGAUAGAUGGUGAUAGGAUCUAUUUGCUGCUAGAUGGCUCAUAUAGAGGAACGAAGCUCGAGGUUAUUGACAUUUAUUAGAAUACCGGUAGGGCUAUGUCGAGCGCGGGUGACGGGUGGCCAUUGCCAUUGCUAUUGAGAUCGGUGACGACCAUUAGCAGGAAGUGAUAAGCAACCGGUGAUUGAUGGAAGAGAGCACGAGCACGAGCCG